CGCUAGCCAAGGGUUUACGAUCCACUCUGCUCCUCUACAACCCUUGGCAGAUUUAGCCGGCAAAAUCGAAACUCGCGCAACGGAAUCUGAUUGGUUGCGAAGCCAGGCGAUCGCAGGGAAUCUUCUAAUUGACGUUGUAGUUCGUUGUGUUUUCAUACAGAAUUUAAAUACAAUAAUUAUUACAAUUUUUAGGUGAUUGAUGAAAAACACGAUAUAUAAUUACUAAGAUAUGUUUUUUAAAUUAUUCUUAUUAUUUUUCUAUUUUUUCCCGACCAUUUCUUCUAAUAGCUGUAUAUCAAAAAUACGUAUUUUAGCUACUUCAAUUUACACCAAUCAAAAUCCAUGGCUCAUAAAUAACAAUGGCUGCGGCCAACUGCAGAACAUGUUUUUGUGAGCUGGAUAAAAAAUCCCGCAGAACUAUCUUCUCUAACACAUUUGAGGUUGCACAACAGCUGUAUGAAGUGCUGGGACAUGUGCCGCAUGAGGACGACGGUUUGUCAAAGUAUGUGUGCAGCCACUGUUAUUCUAAAUUGAAGAAAUUAUCAAAAAUAGAUUUUGAUUUAAUUAAUAAGUUGGAGGAGUUGAGGAAGGAGAAGAACGAACUUAUAAAGUCUAUGCGUGAAAAUUUGAAGAGUAUACAAACUACAUGUACGAGUAACUGUGUGAGCGAUGCAAGUGUGACCAACGAUAUAAAUGUUCAAGAGGAUGGGUCAAAGAGAAGUAGGCCUAUACUACACUCACCUACUCCAAGGAAAGUCAAGAAGUGUAAGCAAGGUUUUGUGAAGACUCCAGAGAAAACUCGCAAACCAUGUAUUAAAUUGUUUACACCUAGCAAAAUUAAAGUUUUAUUUAAUACUGGAAAACAAAUCAAGUCUAGAACUGUGAAGGACGCUGAACUUAAACGAGUUAUCAAAGCCAUAUCCAGUGGACAACCAAAGAGGAGCAUAGCAAAGUUUGCCUACAAUUCUUUACUGAAGGAUGAGCUCAUAAUGUGUGUUAUACAUGACAUUAAAAAAGAUAUUAUGAACCUUGUGUCCAAGAGGUCCAAUUGCUGCCUGAGAAGUGCAAAAUGUGAAAACUUAUCAAAUUUCAAAUUUGAUCAACUGCUUUUUGAAGUACAAUUGUAUGCUCCUGUGUUUUAUAAAACUUUGUCGAACACUGUAAAAGGCUCACAUGAAGUAGCAGUAAUAGCAGCAAUAAUUACAAGAAACAAUAAUAUGCACAUGUCUGCACUUCAUCAUAUUAUUGCUCAGGUUCUGGACCACAGUGGAGCAACAGAUGAGUGUAUAUACUUGUUCCAAAAGUUGGGAUUAAGUGUGUCCUCCUCAGCAGCAGCAAAGAAGAAGGUAGAUCUAGCAGAAUACCAAAAUGAACACAUCAACUCAACAGUUAUCAAUGAGAAGAGGGUACUUGAAACAUCAGGUACGAGAGAUCUGAAAACAUCAGAAAUAAUUGGGGAU